AUGAAUUUGGCCGCUCUGAUUCGUGACUUCUACCAUUUUGUGACAAGUGGACUGCGACCACUUGUUCCGCUGCUGAUAUUAGUUAUUUAUACGUUGUUUGGCGCAUUCAUAUUCAUGCUUGUGGAAGGUUCCAAUGAACAGAAUGAAAUCGAAACGAGGCAGCGUGAGCGUAGCGAACUAAUUGAGGUCACAACCUCAUUUUCAGAAUCGUCUCUGAAUCUCAAAAUCGCAUUUGAUAUUUGGAAUAACAGUGUUUUUCGGUAG